AUGAUUUAUUUUAUUCAAAAUGUGAUCAUUCAAUAUCGAACAAAUCCAACAAAAGUCAAUGUUAAAAUGACCUAUACAAUAGAUCCUAAUAAUUUUCCAUCAUUUACAUUUUGCAAUAUAAAUCCUGUACGAGUUGAUCUAUUUUCCAAAAACUUAAUGGCAAAUAAAUUUUCAUCAUCAUUGAAACAUAACAAUAAAUCAAAACAAUGGAUGGAAAUACAAUUAAUGAAUAAAAUCAUAAAUCAAAAAUCUUUACUUGCGUCAUGUGAUGGUACGAUAAAAAGAUCAUCUUCUAAGCCACUUCUUGAAAACUACUAUGUACAAGAACAAAUUGAUUUAGCUGAAAAUUUAACAACAGAUCAAUUUCAAGGUGCAUUAAAUGAACAUUUAUAUCGUCUAUUGACUUUUAAUAAUAAUGAAACAGAGAUAAAUUAUAAUCGUAUUCAAACAAUGUAUGGUUUUAAAUUAGAAGAUAUGUUAUUAAAAUGUACAUUCAAUGGUAGACCAUGUGAGAAUCAUAAUACAUUUCGAAAUUUAUUUCAUCCAGAAUAUGGUAAUUGUUACACAUUUGAUCAUAAAUUUUCUAUCAACAAUAGUAUUGAUAAUAGUUAUACAUUAUUAUUACAAUUAUAUUUACAUCAACAAUAUUAUAGUGAACAUUUGGAUCAAAAAGCGGCAUUUCGUGCAUUUUUACAUCGAAAACAAGAAAUACCCAUUAUGGCACAAAAUAGUUUCUAUCUUGCUCCAAAUAUCUAUUCAAAAUUAGUAUUUUCAAAACGUAUCAUUCAUCAUGUUAAUACUCGAGCAUCACCAUGUCGUACACAAUUAACACCAGAAAUGUCAUUAACAUUUAGAACAAAUGAAACUAAUGUUUAUACUCAAGCAUUAUGCAUUAAAUAUUGUCAACAAUUGUAUAUUCAUCAUCAUUGUCAAUGUAUUGAACCAUAUGCAAUGAUGUUUUUACGUUCAAGUACUGUGAAUGUUAAAGGAACAAUUACAUCCGCUAAACUAUGUAAUCUUAAUGAAACAUGUUUAAAAAACGUAAAACAAAAUUUUAGUUCAAAUAAAUGUACUGAAUGUUUACCCGAAUGUGAAACAUUUCAGUACAAUAUUCAAACGUCAUAUGCACAAUAUCCAAAUUCAAAAUCAUAUGGAAAAGUUUUAAAAUCCAUUCUUGAACAUUUUAAAGAUGAUAAUAGAUUUCUUCUUCUACAAGGUAAACGUAAAAAUUGUCGUGAAAUUAUACAAGACAACGUGGUGGCUGUUGAAAUAACUGCUGGAACUUAUGGUACAGAAAUCCUAACAGAAACAUUGAUGGUCUCAUGGACUGAUUUAAUUUCGAGUAUUGGUGGACAGACUGGCCUUUGGAUAGGAGUCAGUUUGAUGAGUUUUAUAGAAAUAUUUGAAUUGAUUGUGUUACUAAUGCAACAUUGGAUCAGAAGAAUAUGGAAAAAAUGUAAAAGACAAUACAACGACUUGAAGUUAAGAUUUUUAAUAUACAAAUUGAAUAUAUCAGACUAAAGAAUUUCUCUAUUGUUUGUCUUUGAUGUCUAUGUAAAUGUUCUAGUUUGUUAAUAAAAGUUACAUUUAAAUCGUAAAUGUCAGACACAAUAUCACAAUCGUUUCUUUUGAAAAUGAAGUCAAUCGACUUGUAUAUUCGAUAAUAAAAGAUUAUUUGAAUUGUUACUACUGAAAAAAUCUAUAGUGCAUGUUUUGUUUAUCUAAAAAUUCAGUGCUACAACGUUUCAGACAAAUCUGAUCAUCUUUGAAACUAUUCAAUUAAUUUAUAAGAUGAAAAAUUUUAUCCAUUGGUACUUUGAAAGAUAUCGGUUUGUACACUAUUAUUGUCUCAAGUUUUAUUGAUUGUUUUUAAUGACAAUAAACAAAUAUUGCUUAUCUAUAGAUGCUGAUCGAGGGAUCGAAAAUCUACAUCAGACAGUACUCUUCAAUCCAUCUAUUCUGUGAUUCUAAGCAGAACCAGUUUCUCAAAAAAAUUUGAGGAAACAGUGAUAUUGUAGCCAUACAUUACAACGACAGGACCCCAUCAGAUACAAGCCUCCAGUUUUUGAGAAUUUUUCAUAAGACCUUUCCUCGUCGAAUUAUAGGAAAAAUACUGAAAAACGUCUCAAAAACCUAGUUUUACAAUUUUAGAAGCUCUAUACUUUGGUAAAGAAAGGCCUAAAAGAAAAUUCAAAAAAAAUUGUAGUAGUGCCUUGAGUACUACUGCUAAAACUUUUAACUUGAUCGGACGAUAGUUAAAGGGGUUCGUAAUGUGACACAAUGAAGCUCGCUAGCAAAACAAAUAGUUAUCGAGAAAAACGCACCAUGCUUAUAUCUCCACGAAAACUCAUCAGAAGAUUCCGAAGACAUCUCAUUUUGACGAGCACACUUUCAUCUAUCAGACUAUGUGUAAGAAUGUAAGGUGCCGGUAAUUCGCAAUUACAGCAAGAAUUUUUUUCCACUUUUUUUGGCAUGAUCGGAUAGAGCUCAUUGAGUUGCAUCGGAAAAAUACAAUGCCACAUUUUUUUAAGAAGUCAUGUUUUGGUGAAAAAAUUUAAAAAUACUUUUUAAAAAUAAGCAAAAAAUCGUGAAAUUUUCAAAAAUGAGAAAAUUUUUCAUACUUAUUGUUUUUCUAAAACUCCAAACCUACUUUUUUUCUGGUUCUCCAUCGAGAACUGAGUAUAAAAAACUGAAUUCUAAAAUUUUAAAGUUGAAACUGACCGCCAAAUUUACGGAACAGGAGCAGAAUCAUAAAAAUCCUACUGUGAAAUUUGCAAAUGUAUCUAGUUUUUUCCAUUGAAAGACUAAGCAUUAAUUGUUAUUUCUAUCUAAUCAGUAUACUUGUAGGGAAAAAGUACUCGACGCUUUUUUUUUUAAAAGUUUGUUUCGUUGCUGAGAAAAUUCAUUUUUUCUAAAUCAGGACGAAAAACUCUUCUGCCGAAAAACACCUUUCUGCUGAGAUGCGCUCCACUAUUAUUCGAUACUAAUAAAACUUAUUUUGAUCGACCUUGACGUUUAUUUAAUUUGUUUGCGAUACAACGAUCGCUGGUAUUUCUGGUGCUCCUCUAGCUUUUGGAAAUUCUCACUUUUUAUGAUUAUCAUAUUUAGAAUGAUAUUAAAGCUACUAUCGCUAUUUUGUACAGAUACCUACCAUACAUCUCCAGCACGUGAAAUGCCUUUUAAAUGGAAAACCGAUUGGUCGAAAUCUACUAAUUUUAAUUAAAAAAGUGUUACAAGAUUGAUGUAUCCGAAGUAGAAAAGUAGGGAAGGUCAGCCGGUUUCUUAGAUACCCGAAUUUCCGACAUAUUAUUUAAAACGAUCAGACUGAAUUACAAUAUAAUACUUGCUUUCUAUGAAGCUUAAGAGUACUCCUAUCCUCAUUUUAGGCUUUUGGAGCGAGCAUAUCAAAAUUUGAUGGUUUUUUUCUAGAGAAGCGUACCUCAAGAUUUUUACAUAUUCGGAAUCAGCGUGACGAGUUACGUUGUACGGCGCAAAGAUCUCGU